AUGGAACAAGGUGCGGGCGUUAUCGAGCCGCUGGCCGAGGGCGAAUGGCAGAGCGGGGAGGAUACAGCCACCUCGGAUUAUGACCCAAGCAUAGCCGAGUCGCGAUAUGGCUCUCUUACAUCCAGCGUGAAUGACCACGUCUGGGAAUAUGGAAGGCGGUACCAUACGUUUCGCGAAGGAAGAUACCCGAUACCCAACGAUGACCUCGAGUACAACCGCGAGUACAUGCGGCAUGCCAUGCUCAAGGAGAUACUGGAAGGAAAACUAUUUAUUGCGCCGAUUGGAACUCGUCCCCAAAAGAUUGCCGAUCUGGGGACUGGAUUUGGCGAUUGGGCCAUCGAGAUGGGAGAGACUUAUCCUAGCGCCAAAGUAGUAGGCGUUGACUUGUCUCCAAUUCAGCCUGUCUGGAUUCCUCCCAAUGUCGAGUUUGUGGUAGACGAUAUCGAAGACGAAUGGGUACAAGACUCGGACUUUGACUUUAUCCAUUUGCGCUGGGUCAGUAUAACGCUCAAAGACAACGAAACGCUAUUCCGGAGAAUAUUUGAGAACCUUAAGCCUGGCGGCUGGGUUGAGUCCGUAGAAGUGAAGCCGCGCGUUUUCAGCGAUGAUGACACGGUUAAACCUGAUCACGCGCUGUUAAGAUUUUAUGAUCUUACGCGCGAGGUGCUCUCAACCAGAUACGGAUUCCAGGUUGAAAUCGCCCAUCGCAUCUCCGAGUUGAUGCAAAGAAUAGGUUUCAUCAACGUGCGGGAAAUCGUCAUGAAGGUACCGGUGGGUGAGUGGCCCAGGGACCAGCAUCAGCGCAUCAUAGGGCGGCUCAUGAAGGAGGUAAGCAUGGAUCUAUGUGUUGCCAUGUCGGCCAGGCCGUUUAUCGAAAACGGAAUGGAGGAGAAGGAGAGAGAGGAACUCCAAAGCAGUGUGAAGGCUGUGCUGAACGACCGGCGAGUCCAUGCGCAAUUGCCGGUAUACUUCAUAGUAGGCCAGAAGCCGCCAUUGAGCGCGCAUCCGAGUACAACGAGUUUCGGCAGUAGUCAGCAGACAUAG